AUGCCCUCGCGGCUACGAAGGAGAGCCAUUCCCAGUCGAGUCUUGACACAAUCACCAAUCUACACGAUCGCAGGUCCGAAUGAUCGCUUCAUAGCCAUAGCUCUUGAGACGUACCUUUCACACCAACGCGCCGGCGCUGCUGUUCGUGGGCGUCCGUAUAUGCGCCACACAACCAUCCAUCAUCGCGACCAGCUCACGCAAAGCUACGUGCGGGUGCGGGUGCGGCAACUGGACAGCCCUCGCAAGACGUCCGCCGCAUUCAUUCACCCUGUGCGCCCGUAGCUGACCAUCGUUCGUCGUGAGCGUGCAGCGAGACGAGGCGAGAUGGCGUCGUCCGGAUCGCUAUCCGCACCAGGCGGUGGCAGUCUGCCAUUGCUGAGAGUCAGGAGCAUAGCGCCCUUGCCCAGCUUCAGCAUCCCGCAUCCCAUACCCUCAGCCAGCGACUCGAUUUCCGCAUUCAAACUCUCCAUCCUCUCCAUCCUCACCCUGCGAACCGAUCCAGCAUCCGCAACCUCUUCCACACCUCUCUUUGUCUCUGCGUCGGAAAGGCUCAAGAUGGAGGUGUUGGAGGGAUGGAGGAGGGAGAUGGUGCUGCUGGAGUUGAGACAGAAUGCAGUCAUUGCGCCAGAGACGAGAAACAGCGAACGUGCUGCAGAGAUGGAUCAGGAGAUCGUCGGCUUUGUGUUGGAGGAUCAUCAUGAUUGCGGUCUGCUCGAGGAAGGGGACGAGGUGUUGUGAGUCUUGAGCAGUCGCAGCGCAGCGCAGCGCAGUAUAGCACGCGCAUACAGGCCAGCUCACAAUGGGCAUGCCUUAUCUCUCUCUCUCUGUCUCUUCGCCCCCAGAGUGCGCAUCAAAGCCCCUCAUACCCUGGCAUCUCUCAAACUACCUCCAGUUCCCAGCGGACAUACCUUUGGUCUGCCACCAGGGAGCUUGACCAGAGCUGGCACGCUCUCAGCACCACCUCCAUACUCGGAAGCAGCGCCUCGCGAGCCAUCCUCCCACAGCUCCUCGGUCGCUGGUCAGCCCAACGCCAAUUUCCAUCAGUACGUGUACAGGGAUCCUGCUAGGGGCGUGCGCGUCAUGACCACUCAACAAGCCGCCAUGCAGAAUGGCAUAUACGGAGCAGUGUCGGGAGCGAAUAAUAGGGAUGCGUCGCCGGCCAAUGGUCAUCAUCAGCAUUUGGGCGUAUCGGGGCCCAGCGCACCAGAAGCGAAUCCGCGCAGGCUCGGACCGUCUAGACGCGCCAGUGCUGGUAUCAAUGGAAUGCCAAAAGCUGGCGCAUACAAGCCGCCUCCCAUCUCUCCGCCAGCAGCAGCCGCAGAGAGCAGCGCGGCUCCAGCACGACCCCUGCGAAGACCUAGCUCGCGCGGCAACGUCUUAUCUUCCACUCCAGAAGUCGGUGUCGUCUCCUCGCCUCCGCAUCAACAACACUUUCGCAGCACAUCUUUCGGCUCAGCUGGUUCCCCAGCCACGUCCUCCCUUCCAGCGGCUGGCUUUGGAGCAGCAGCAGCAGCAGCAGCAGCAGCAGCAGCAGCAGCCGCCAUUCCGGCGCAUAGGCGGCGCAACACUUCAGACGAACCGGGUAAGGGCGCAGUAGCAGCAGCGAACGGGGGCUCUGUCAGUCCUUCCUUCGCUGCCCCCUCGCCCCCUUUGGCGAUGCCAUCCACAGCAUUGGUCAUUGGUCCAGGCGUGCAGGGUCGAUUUGGAAACACACCAGCAGAACCAGUCUCGCAGUCUAUUCAGAAUGCAGAUUAUGGCAACGUCAAGCACUUUGCUAGCUUCACAGCGGCGAGCGGAGAGGUCAGACCGUCGGCUUCAUCUUCGAAAAUUGGCGAUCGCACGUCUGAACAGCAAAGACUUGGUGGAGUAGAGGGACAGAACGAAGUACAGACUGCCACGACUCUGGCGCAGAGUUCGCGGGAAAACGCAGCGGCCCUUGCAGCUGAGCGAACAAGAGGCAAGCGAAAGGGAUCGUAUGAUCAGCAAGAUUUGGGCAGCGCCAUUACUAUCGCUGCUCAACUUUCAUCCCCUCUUGCUUCUCCACCCAUCUUGGAGAGUGAUCGCGAUGCCAGAUCCAAAGCUGCUGCUGAUGCUGCGGAUCGUCGAGCUGCGUUGGCGCGAACGCAAAUCGCACAGCGCGAUGGCGACGUCGCUGGGCCCUCGUCCAUGCCGGCUUCCUCCAAAGACAAGCUGCCUCCUACACCCGUGUCGACGGAGCCUCCUUCCGCAGAGUUGCAUGGCGUACAUGCAAAGCCGGAGCGAACGCAGCAGGAGAUCGACGAGCAGCUCGCCAACGAUGCGGCGCUCGCUUUGGCCUUGUCGGAGGAGAAUGAAGCGGAGAGGGUGAAUGAAGGGCCAGCGUUGCCUCUGCGCAAGCGCAAGUCGUCGAGGCCUUCCAUGGGAGGAGGCAGACCUAGCACUGGCACCAGCGCGAGUCUUGGUAGCGCAAGUCAUGGUAGACCCAGCGAUGCGCGACCUCGCAGCUACUCCAACGGCGCACGCAGCUCGCAGACGGGCGGCGGCGGCGGCGGCGGCGGCACUCCAGCAGUGGCCCCGUUCGACCGGUACGUCGAUGCUGAAGCGUCGGGGUCCGCAAGUCCACAAGGUUGGAGGGAAGAAGGAGUUUCUGUGGAAGAAUUUUCAAAAAAGGCCUCUUUCAAGUCCAACAACGGUGCGGCCGGACCGACCAAAGGUCUCUUGUCGCGCUUAGGCUCUUCUAACUCUGACAAGCCCAAUGCGCUCACCUCGGCCGAUCGCAAGUUUUUGGCUCGAAGAGCAUCCUUGGACCGCGAAGUGGCUCGACAAGAAGCGGCCGAAGGUGCGCGCAAGAGGGAGCUGGAGAGGCAAAGGAGAAAGAAGGAGGAAGCUGCAAAGAGGCAAGAGGAGGUGAGGAAAAAGGAAAAGUAUGCGAAGCAGUGGCAAGUUUGGGAAGAGGUUAGGAGGAGAGAGAGAAAGGCUGGACUGCCUCCGCCGGAUGUGGUGGAGAGGGAUGUUGGUUGA